UGAAAGAGAAAACACAGAGAUGCUGCCGGCUAAAGUAGAGGUUUGUGUGGGAGAAGGACCCCCGAGCUCUGAUGGAGAGGAAAGGGCUUCAGCAUCAUGGGGCUCACACCGUCUUCUGGUCUGGUGUCACAGAGGAGCCAAGAUGUUGAGCCUGGCACGCAGCAUUAGAAGGUCCUUCACCACUGACAAUGCUAAAGUCCUGUCUUUAGCAUUAAUAAUCCUCCUCCUGGCCUGUCACUCAGCGUCCCGUUAUUACAGUGACUCUGACUCCUGUCAGUGGCUGUUGUCCACUGGACGCUUCCUGGAGAACAGUGUGUGGCAGCCUGAUGGCUGCAUGAUGCAUAAUUACAGCAGAUGGGAGGCCAGCACCUGCCUCGGUGGAAAGAAGGUCAUUUUUAUUGGGGACUCACGGAUUGUGGGUUUGUUUGCAUCUUUCGUCAAUAUAAUAGCAUCUAAAAAUUUCAGCUUGAGGCAUGUAGACGCCUUUUUUACAGACAACAGCUCUUCAGUUCAAGUGCAUUUUCUGUGGCACCCGUGGACAAAUAAUGACAUGAAGAAGCGUCUUAUUUCACUGUUUAAUGCCAGAAUAAAGCCUGAUGCCCUGAUCAUUGGAGCUGCUUCGUGGACCAUCAAAGACUUCCAUGCAAGUGCAAAAGCGCUGCACCAGUACAAAGAAAACCUGAUGUCUAUGUCUGCGUCUCUGGAGGGCCUGGCUGAGCAUGGAGAGGUCUACUGGCACAUUCAAGAGCCAGUGCGAUGGUCAGCAUUAAAUCCAGGUCAGAAGAAAAUAACCAAUGAACAGAUUGAUCUGUACAACGAAGCUGCAGUCGAGGUUUUCAAAACAGGAAACUCCCGGAUCAAGUUGUUUGGAGGGUCCCGUCAGAUGGGCCUGCAGAAUAUCAGUGACAUUGCUGAUGGGCUCCACAUGGCUCCCAGAGUCCGGGACUUGGGGGCCAUGGUGUUGAUGAACAGUCUGUGUAAUAAAGUGAUCCGGCCCAUUGAUGGUUCCUGCUGCCAGAACACGCCCCCGCUCACUUUUCUGCAGAAGAUGUUGCUGUGUGUGUUUGUAGUCACGACUCUAGUUUUUCUGCUGUUGAACUUUCUGAGGAAAUUACCCCAUCAGCGACCCAUGGUCCCUGACCUGGAGAGUUUAGAGGAGAAGAAGCCAGGGGCCGAGGCAGUGUGUGGGGCCCUGUGCAGAAUGGGACUCAUCAUGGUCUACUUCUACCUGUGUGACAGAGCAGAUGUGUUUAUGAAGGAACAGAAAUCCUACAGUCACUCUGCCUUCUUCGUCCCUUUGAUCAUUGUCUUUGUGCUGGGAUUGUUCUGCAGUGAGAGCACCAAAGAGAGCCGUGUGCUGAACAGGGAGCAGACAGAUGAGUGGAAGGGCUGGAUGCAGUUGGUCAUUCUCAUCUAUCAUAUUUCAGGAGCCAGUGCUUUCAUUCCAGUUUACAUGCAUGUGCGUGUGCUGGUGGCAGCCUAUCUCUUCCAAACAGGUUAUGGACACUUCUCCUUCUUCUGGCUCAAAGGGGACUUUGGCCUGUACAGAGUGUGCCAGGUGCUAUUCCGCCUCAACUUCCUGGUGCUGGUGUUGUGUGCGGUGAUGGACAGGCCGUACCAGUUCUAUUACUUCGUUCCUCUGGUGACGUUCUGGUUUAUGAUCAUCUACAUUGUUCUGGCCAUGUGGCCUCAGAUUGUGCAGAAGAAAGUCAGCAUCAGUGCCCUGUGGUACUUGGGAAUCCUGCUCAAGUUAGUGGGCCUCGUGCUGCUCAUUUGCCUCUUUGCCUAUUCACAGGGCGUGUUUGAGAUCACUUUCACAUCGUGGCCACUUUCGAAGUUGUUUGAACUCAAUGGCAACAUCCAGGAGUGGUGGUUCCGCUGGAGACUGGAUCGGUUUGCCGUGGUACAUGGGAUGGUGUUUGCUUUCCUCUAUCUGCUCCUUCAGAAGAAACAGGUGCUGUCGGAGACCAGAGGAGAAGCUCUGUUCUCAGCUAAAGUCUCCCUGCCCCUGCUGCUCCUGUCUGGACUCUGUUUCAUUACAUACUCAGUCUGGGCCAGCAACUGCCAAACCAAAGAGCAGUGCAACGAGAUUCACCCCUACAUGUCUGUGCUUCCGAUUCUGGCCUUCAUCCUCAUCAGGAACAUUCCUGGCUUUGCUCGCUCUGUCUACAGCUCCUUUUUUGCCUGGUUUGGGCAAAUCUCUUUGGAGCUGUUCAUCUGUCAGUACCACAUCUUUCUGGCAGCAGACACCAAGGGCAUCUUAGUGCUCAUCCCGAGAAACCCGUCCCUCAACAUCCUGGUCAGUAGCUUCAUCUUUGUGUGUGUGGCUCAUGAGAUCUCCCUCAUCACCAAACUCCUGGUCCAACUGUUCUGAAAUAGGCUGGGGGCUUCUUCAGUUUUAUUUCAUUGAUAAAGUAUAAAAAUUAAACCAUAUGUUCAGUACCUGCACAGGGACUGCAGAUACAAAGUAGCUUGUAGCUAAAUCUGGCCCAGUGCAGCUUUUCUUUUUGAAAUUAAUGUUUUCUAUGUGCUGUUGUUGUUUUUUAAAUACAAAGUAAAAGGAAUGAAUAAAAAUGAGCAGAAAGAUGUUAUCUGCCCCCUUUUACAAACAAUAUUUUAACACUGAUGGUUACUUUAAAGGACCCAUAUUACUCUAUUUUCUGAUCUACGUAAUAAUGUUUCCUCAUCACAAUCAGACCUGGAGUUGUGUUUUGUUUCAUUCACACGUUUAACACACAAACCUGCAUAUUUAUGCUGCGUUCUUCUCUCAAACUCAAAACAAUCUGUUCCACCUUGUGAUGUCAUCCUACAGGAUGUGACCCAUUGUGUCUUUUAACUCCACACACCUUCACUAGAAUCACUUAGGUAAUUUCAGCCCUGGGUAAAGAUAAAAGGAGCUGUUAACUUGAAAACUACCACUAUAUGACAUCACAAGGUGGAACAGAGCAUUCUGAGCUUUGGAGAUGUACACGGACUGAUAAUAAAUUGUGACUCAAACAUGUGUGAAUGAAACAAAACACAACUCCAGGUCUGUUUUUGUUAUGAGGUAACAACAUUCUAACAUGACUUAAAGCUCAUUAGAAUUAAGUUUGUAAUAUUGAAAACAUUUCAAAUCAAUACAUUUAAUUUCGAUCACAAAUAUUUAUCAAUUGCAAACAGAUAUCUUCAUUUUUAUGAUUGACAACUUAUUUUUAUCUUUUCAUACCAUUG